GUGCGUGCCGGUUAAAAACGCUUUGGAGGACCCGAUCGCGGAGCACAUUAACCAGACGGUCCGACGGAGACGCGAGGCGCCCCAAACACAGCAGGAGCGCGCGGGAACGACGACGCGGAGGAUCGUCCCCCCCUCGACCCCCCCAAAGAAAUAACGCCUUCUGGAUUCUAUCCGAGCGCGCGGGACGCAUCCAGAUGAACCCGACGAGGCCCAAUCAGCUGAUGAAAGAGAAGUGACCCCGUCGCUCUCCAUCCACGGGCCAGUGAGGCCGAGGAGGCUCCCCUUCGGCCCGCCUCCCCCCGUCACCAUUUCCUCUCUGCGUCGGCCCCCCAGGAGUGUUUCAAAGCUGUUUCUCCAACGCUUCUUCCAGAAACUAGGACUGUUUUCCAAAGCAGAAGCAGCACAGCCCUCCCAGACUGAGGUGAUGGGAAGCGUGCGAGCCAGCCGCUACAGCAUUGUGUCAUCAGAGGAGGACGGCAUGAAGCUCGCCGCGAUGGCGGCGCCCAACGGCUUCGGGAGCGCCAAGCGCAAGGUGCACACGAGGCACCGGCCGCAGAGCCGCUUCGUCGAGAAGGACGGCCACUGCAACGUGCACUUUGUCAACGUGAGCCAGAAGGGCCAGCGGUACUUGGCCGACAUCUUCACCACGUGCGUGGACAUCCGCUGGAGGUGGAUGUUCAUCAUCUUCUGCCUGGCCUUCCUCCUGUCCUGGCUCUUCUUCGGCUGCGUCUUCUGGCUGGUGGCCAUCCUCCACGGGGACUUGAAGAGCGACGGACAGAAGUGCGUCUCCAACGUGACCAGCUUCACCGCCGCCUUCCUGUUCUCCAUCGAGACCCAGACCACCAUCGGCUACGGCUACAGAUACGUGACGGACGAGUGCCCCGUCGCCGUCUUCAUGGUGGUCUUUCAGAGCAUCGUGGGCUGCAUCAUCGACGCCUUCAUCAUCGGCGCGGUCAUGGCGAAGAUGGCUAAACCCAAGAAGAGGAACGAGACCUUGGUUUUCAGCCACAACGCCACGGUGGCCAUGAGGGACAACAAGUUGUGCCUGAUGUGGCGCGUGGGCAACCUGAGGAAGAGCCACCUGGUGGAAGCGCACGUGCGAGCGCAGCUCCUGAAAUCGCGGACGACGGCGGAGGGGGAGUACAUCCCCCUGGACCAGAUGGACAUAGGCGUGGGCUUCGACAGCGGAGUGGACCGCAUCUUCCUGGUGUCCCCCAUCACCAUUGUCCACGAGAUCAACGAGGACAGCCCUUUCUACGACAUGACCAAACAGGACCUGGAGACCUCAGAGUUUGAGAUCGUGGUCAUCCUGGAGGGCAUGGUGGAGGCGACCGCCAUGACCACGCAGUGCCGCAGCUCCUACGUGGCCAGCGAGAUCCUCUGGGGCCAGCGCUUCGACCCUGUCCUCUUCGAGGAGAAGAACUACUAUAAAGUGGACUACUCCCGCUUCCACAAGACCUACGAGGUGGCGAGCACCCCGCUGUGCAGCGCGAGGGACCUCGCCGAGAAGAAGUACAUCCUCUCCAACUCCAACUCCUUCUGCUACGAGAACGAGAUGGCGCUGGAGAGCAAGGAGGACAUGGACGAGGGGAACGGGGGCAGCGUUGGGCCCGACGGCACCCAGACAGACAACAUCUCGGAGACGGAACACGGCCAGGUGGCGGUGCCGCUGGAGCCCCGCCCCCUGAGGAGGGAGUCAGAAAUAUGACCGUUUGGAGCUCAGACCUCACGCGGGGGAUUUCUGAGAAAAAGUCAAGUAAAAAUCACCCCUCUGCUCCGGGGGGGGCCGAGCCAAGGCGGGCCUUUAGGGUGGAGGACAAGCUGAACGGUACUGCUG